GGCAGGAGCAGCAGGAGGACCUGAUAAGGAUGUUCGGUUUUCUUCUCUUUAGUAUUAUUUUUGAUUCUCGGUUCUUGCCUAGUUCUUUUUACUUCUAUACUCCUACCUUUGGAGGUUUCUGUUUUUAUUGAGAAGUACUACUUCUAUGUCGCAGGAAAAAGCUAGCCCAUACAUCAAUCAUCAUCUACAACGACCCCCUCUUCAUUUAUUUCCUAACUCACGAUAGGCAUAUUCGUACUACCUCACCACAAUAAUCGAAGAUGAAGAAGUUUCGUCGAAUAAAACGUCGGAAGAAAAUGGUGAACAAAAAGGACGAUAAACAGCUGGCUUCAGCUUCUGCUUAUACUAGAGGUAGGUUUAGAAGUAGGAAAAGUAAAAAAGCACAAGCUCGUUCAUCAAGUCCAUCAUUGGUCCCCUCCAUAUUCCGUAUCUCUACUUCUAGUUCUAGCGCAUUAGGUAGCGCUACUUCCUAUACAACUAGAGAAUAUAGUACCAUCUACUUCACUUCUAGUAAGUGCAGCACGACAAAUAUGGAAGAGCAGCCCCCCAUGCGGACGACAUCGAGCACGUCAUCAACAAUCCAGAAGAUGAGGAGCAUUCCUCGUGGAGAUAUACUUGUAGCUCAACAACAAGGAUCUGAGUCCGAUAAUUCUCAAGAACAUCAUGAGAAUCUAAAUAACCAACUUGAACUUGUGCAAGGAGAUGAUCAUGAUGGUCAUGAUGACGGUCGUCUGCUUGCAAAUAAAUCUAUACCUUCUUGUCCUAGUGGCAUCAAGCGGAAAACACCUGCUUCAUCGUCGAGUGUAGUACUAAAGCGAACAGGUGGUGGAGAUGCGGAUUCUUCGUCAGCUGGAGGAACGCUGGUUAACCAAGAAGAAGAAGGAGUUCGUGCUUCCCAACAACGAAAGAGGCCAUCAUCGUCUUUUCUUGGGGGCCUAAACGACCUAUUAGGCCUGAAUAGAAGCAGUCGGAGUCCCACUGGAGGUGUCCAGAAUUCACAACUACAACAGGUGAGAUCAUUCUCUUCCUCAUCAUCGAGAGCAGGAGGAGAUGAGAGAGGUGAUCAUGACACGAGGACGCGACCGCCUAGAGUAAUCGAGCAUCUUUUAGAGAAGCAGAGACGACAUUUUCCGAGGAUUCUGGAUGAGUUGGAGACACACGGAAGAAAAACGAGUCAUUGGAUGUGGUAUUUAUGGACGUAGAAGAGAAUCAUGUACUUGAAAAAUCGCGUUACUCUGUUCCUGCUGUUGUAGUUGUAGUGAGAGUUUUAUUACUACAACAGUGACUCAUCAUAGUAUUGCUCAAGAACAAGCGCACACUUCAGAUGUUAACUCUCGUUGUGCCAGUAUCCAUGCUAUAAUGGUGCGGAACCGGAGUUUGUUUGAGAAAGUGAAGACACUUAGUGUAAGGAUUUUGGUCUCCUUUGGUUUCAAUCGUUCCUAUCUUUUUUCAUUCUCUCCGUUUCCGACCGACAAGGAGGGUUUUUCGGAGCCCAGUCCGCGCACUUACGUGACUGAGGAGACGGCGCAUUUUCUGCUAGAGAACCCUGAGACCGCACCGAUGUGGCGGAAUGUCCUGGAACUGAUAGCGAGACUUCAGCUCGAUGCAGUACCUAUCGAUCCAGCAAUGGCAAAGCACUUUUAAGAGCUGCAGGAAGCGUCUUAGCUUGGGUUUCUAGCAGGAAAUAGGUGAUGUAGUUGUGGAGAAUGAUUUGAAGACAAAUUAUAGAAUUAGCAGGAAAUAGGUGAUGUAGUUGUGGAGGUUCUAUUGAUUCUUACCCCCUCUAAUGCGAGAAAGCAACGGGUUCCAAGCGGAGGCCCCAAGCAACGCAGAAGGUUUUGCCGAGAAUAGACCAUGGACGCAUGCACUUUUUUAUCGAAUUCUGGAAGAAUUGCAAAGCAAGUCCACCUUGGCUCCUAGGAUUCUGUGACGUGAUGGAAAACUAUGAUUGGGGACAUUGAUGAACUUAUGAAGAUGCAUGCUGAACAUGAGGUGGACUUAUAAAUGUUAAGAAUAAUGAUCAAACGUACUUUUACAAUGUUGUUGGACCACAACUUGGAGUGAGGCAACAUGCAUAUGCAAAUGCAGAUGGAAGCUUCUGCAGUGGAUAUAGCAC